AUGGAUUAUAGAGAUUUGAAUGACUCUAUGGAAAUAUAUACCAAUACUGAAGAAAAGAAGACUGAAAUAGAAAUAGUAAAAUACCUCAAUAAUUUGGGAAUCCGAACAAAAACAGAUCCCCUUCAGAAAGAAUAAGAGUAUUGGAGGAGGAAAAAAUUAGAAACUUAAAAAAAAAUGUUAUCAAUUUUAUGUUUAACUGAGUCAACAUAAUCUCUAAUACUGAAUGAGUAUGCAUCUAAGUUACUACAUCACAGAGUGUCCUAAUCUUUUUUUGAGACAAGGAUGAUCAAUAAUACUCCUACUAUGAUCAUAGAAUGA